CUAGACGUUGGGGGCGGGCCAGCCCAAGGGGCUGCCUUCCCCCGCAGUGACGUCCCAGGGGGUGGAUGGGCAACCAACGACUCAGAGCCCUCCCGGACUCCGCCCAGUGCGGGGUCUGUGGAUCCUUGGGAGAUGCAGCUGCCUUGGUUGCAGUUGCUCAAACGCAGUCGUCUACUUGCCCACUUCUCUGCCUUAGUCCCAGGGUGUCGGGAGGCACUGGAGUCCAGCCAUGCAGCCGGGAGCAGCGCUGCAGGCUAUGUUGCUGGCGGUGCUGCUGGCCAAACCGAGGGAUUCGAAGGGUCGCCUGCUGAGCGGGCAGCUGGUCUGCCGAGGAGGAACACGGAGGCCUUGCUAUAAAGUCAUUUAUUUCCAUGACGCCUUUCAAAGACUGAACUUUGAGGAAGCCAAAGAAACCUGCAUGGAGGAUGGGGGACAGCUCGUCAGCAUUGAGACAGAGGAUGAGCAGAGGUUGAUAGAAAAGUUCAUUGAAAACCUCCUGGCAUCUGAUGGUGACUUCUGGAUUGGCCUCAAGAGGCUGGAGGAGAAACAGAGCAAUAACACAGCCUGCCAGGACCUUUAUGCUUGGACAGAUGGAAGCACAUCACAGUUUAGGAACUGGUAUGUGGAUGAGCCUUCCUGUGGCAGUGAGGUCUGCGUGGUCAUGUACCAUCAGCCAUCAGCACCACCCGGCAUCGGGGGCUCGUACAUGUUCCAGUGGAAUGAUGACCGGUGCAACAUGAAGAACAAUUUCAUUUGCAAAUAUCAUGACGAUAAACCAAGUACAACACCCUCUAUUUGGCCUGGAGGUGAAGCAACUGAGCCAGCAACACCCUUACUUCCAGAAGAAACACAGAAAGAAGACACCAAAGAAACAUUUAAAGAACGAAGAGAGGCUGCUUUGAAUCUUGCCUACAUCCUAAUUCCCAGUAUUCCCCUUUUCCUCCUACUUGUGGUCACUUCAGCUGUAUGUUGGGUUUGGAUCUGUAGAAGAAAACGAGAACAGACAGACCCUAGCACAAAGGAGCAGCACACCAUUUGGCCCACUCCUCGCCAAGAAAACAGCCCCAACCUAGAUGUUUACAAUGUCAUCAGAAAACAAAGUGAAGCUGAUUUAGCUGAGCCCCGGCCAGACCUGAAGAACAUCUCCUUCCGGGUGUGUUCUGGGGAAGCUAUGCCUGAUGACAUGUCUUGUGACUAUGAAAACAUUGCUGUGAACCCUUCGGAAAGUGGGUUUGUGACUUUGGCAAGUAUGGAGAGUGGAUUUGUGACCAAUGACAUCUAUGAAUUCUCCCCGGACCGAAUGGGGAGGAGCAAGGAGAGUGGAUGGGUAGAAAAUGAAAUAUAUUACUAAGACACAGGAAAAACCUGGCAAGAAUGCAAAAGGAGAAGCAAAGGCCUCCGAUUUCUUACAAGGACAAUAUUCAGAAAGCUUAUGAAAAUGCCCAGCUCAGUCUUAGGGGCAAGCACAGCAUCACAAGUCCCUACUGGGUCCCCAAGUUCUGGCUGUACUUCUUAUCUGAGGGCCUCAUCCUGCUGAGCCUUCUGAGAAGGCACUUUGCCCAGGGGCUGCUGCACAGCAGACUCAGUGAUUGUCAGCCAGUGGCUUCUAACUGAUAUCUGAGGGCUGGUGCUUUCACUGCUCAGCAUGAAGGGCUGACCAGGGAGCUUGGAAAGCCCACCUCUAGGUUCUGUUUUCCUUGCUCUAUACAGCAGCACAGGCAAUCACAAAAACACAAACUGUGGAAUCCUCUCAAAGCCUCUGUAUGGAUGCCUCAGGCUGGCCUGCACAUCAAUAAUUAAUUCCCAAACCUGCACCCCCACCCCGCCCCUGAAAAAUAUCCAAUAAAAAGCAGGAAGUAGAAUGUUAGUCAGUCUGUGUCUACAGCCUUUCCUCUGCAUGUGGCCUCAGGGGAACUCUUUUUUUUUUUUUUUUUUUUUUUUUUCAUUCUCCCGACAUCUAAACUUGGAAAAAUCCAACUUGGAAAUACUUUAGAAAGUAAAAAUGAGCUCUGUGUUUGCUUCAGGGCUUCUUGUUCUCUGGGCUCAGACAGUAUGUGCUGUUCUGGGGAUGGGUGGCAGCAGCCUGGGAACAUGACUGUGUGCUGGACUGGUAAAGAGUAGACAUACUAAGGAUAAGGAGAGGCAGGCUUCUCACUAUCAGAGAAGGCAGCCACAGCUACCAGAAGGGAGGAAACUGGAAUAGGUCCUAUUGUGUGCAAUGGAAAUAGUGACAGUGCUGUCACUGUGGAGCUUUAUGUAUUGAGUAUCCAUGAAUAUGUAUAUGUAUAUGUAUAUGUAUAUGUAUAUGUAUAUGUAUACUCUCCAUUAAAUAAGCCAGUACUCCAUGAAAUUGGAUGACUGGAGGGCAGAAGCAGAAGAAAUAUGAGUUACUUGAGUAAUGAAAAGGAAAUAAUGGAUACCUAAACAUAGGUAGACUUAACAGGUUUAUUGUUCUACAGGAACCAUGCCCCCCCCCACCCCCCACCCCCCGCACAUCACAAUGGCCUAUAAUGUAUUUAUGAAUAAAUAUGAGAAAGGAGCUCAAGGGUAGCAAACACAAAGUCAUGAUAGAAUAUUAUAAAACUAUAAAAAAUUAUAAAAUUAGAAAAUGUUAUAUUUAUUGCCUUGGUUCACCAGUACACAUUGUAUAUUUGUGCUGUGAAGUGACAUUAUUGUUAAAACUUACAUUUAAAGAGACUAAGAAUGAGAGAGGUCAUUUGUGAAACUUUACACCACCACCAAGCAAGAACGAUUGGGAAUCAAUAGAUCACAGAAACCAACUCAUAAUGGCCCAUCUUCGGUAAUGUGGAAUAAUUUAAAUAUUAAAUCGUGGGCUGGUGAGAUGGCUCAGUGGGUAAGAGCACCCGACUGCUCUUCCGAAGGUCCAGAGUUCAAAUCCCAGCAACCACAUGGUGGCUCACAACCAUCCGUAACAAGAUCUGACUCCCUCUUCUGGUGUGUCUGAAGACAGCUACAGUGUACUUACAUAUAAUAAUAAAAUAAAUCUUAAAAAAAAUAUUAAAUCGUUAAAAGUAAAAGCGACAAAGAGAAUGUGACUCAUUAGAUACACCAGAAAAACAUGGGCAUAUGCUGACACAAAAUAAGUGAAUAAAUUAAAGCUUUGAUGUAGAAUGGGAUAUUUACAUGAUUUCAGGUAAAGAUCAUUAUUAACAAAAGUCACCCAACAGGCAAAACGCCACCUCAGUCAACUGAUCGGUGUGAACACUGUGGAUGACAGGCCUGUACUGAGAUUGUCCACCUCACAUUGUGGUGUGGUGAGAGGGACAUGGCAUCACAUCUGCGCUGUCUCAGUCAAAGAGGAAGCCUUACACAACAAUAACUUGAUGGACAAUCUACAAAGUAACUGGACCUGGAUAGCAAGCCUGAACUCUGAUGGAGGACAGUAGAAGUGAUGGCUGCACACGCGACUUGAUCCUGAAAUGGACCCCUCUUUUCCUGUAACGAAAAAUAUAGGAAAAAUGUGGAUGAAGUCUGAGGAUGAAAUGAUAAAAUGUGUAGUGCUAAUUUCUUGACUUUAAUGUUGCAUUUAGGAUAUGUCCUCAUGAUGCCGGGAAUGUCUUCAUAGAAAACACACAGUAAGUAAUAAAGGACAAUGGACCGUCA